CAGGAAGCAGAGAAAUGUCGGAGGCAGAGAGGAGAAACUUCAUGAGCUGGCACACACACACAUACACACCUACACACCUUCAUCCUCCUCACUGGGUUUAACUGGACACUGUUCCGGAAAACUACCAUUUACACUCUAGGAUGGCAGAGAAGGUGCUGGUCACGGGGGGAGCGGGCUACAUAGGCAGUCACUGUGUGUUGGAGCUGAUUCACGCUGGCUUCCAGCCGGUCGUAGUGGACAACUUCAGUAACGCAGUCAGAGGAGAAGGGGGUGUGCCAGAGAGCAUACACCGGAUACAGAAGCUUCUGGGCACCAUCAUUGAGUUUCAGGAACUCGACCUUCUGGAUCGUCCCGGUUUGGAACAACUAUUCAAAAAGCAUACUUUCAGUGCCGUGAUGCACUUUGCUGGCCUGAAGGCCGUCGGGGAGUCAGUGGCACAGCCGCUGCGUUACUACAGAGUCAACCUCACCGCCUCCAUCAACCUGCUGGAGGUGAUGCAGGCUCACGGGGUCCGCAAUCUGGUCUUCAGCAGCUCGGCCACGGUGUACGGGGACCCCCAGCGCCUGCCCAUCGACGAGCAGCACCCUGUGGGCGGCUGCACCAACCCCUACGGCCAGACCAAGUUCUUCAUCGAGGAGAUGAUCAAGGACCACUGUAAGGCGGAGAAGGACUGGAAUGCAGUGCUGCUGCGUUAUUUCAACCCAAUUGGAGCUCAUCCCUCCGGCGUGAUAGGAGAGGACCCUCAGGGUAUCCCCAACAACCUGCUGCCAUAUGUUGCUCAGGUUGCCGUUGGGAGAAGGAAGUGCCUCAACGUAUUUGGGAACGACUAUGACACAGUCGACGGGACAGGUGUGAGAGAUUACAUCCACGUCGUAGAUCUGGCAAAGGGACACAUGGCAGCUUUGAAGAAGCUGAAGGAGGACUGCGGCUGCCAGGUUUACAACCUCGGAACAGGAAGGGGCUACUCUGUGCUCCAGAUGGUGAAAGCCAUGGAGAAAGCCUCAGGGAGAGAGAUCUCAUACGAGAUCGGCCCUCGUAGAGAGGGAGACAUCGCAUCCUGCUAUGCCGACUCGAGUCUGGCGGAGAAGGAGCUCGGCUGGAAGGCCGAAUUUGACCUGGAACGAAUGUGUGAGGAUCUGUGGCGCUGGCAGUCCAUGAACCCCACAGGAUUUUCCAAAGGCCCAGCGUCUUGAUACGACUGAGCAGACUGUCCUUAAAUGUUAUUUCCUCUCUGCUCUUAAUUAACCGUAACAUUUUCAAAUGAUUGUUUACAAACUACAGUUUUCUCUGUGUCGUUUUCAUCGGAUCAACGAUGGAUAUUUCCUCUGUAAAUGUAAUGAUCAUGAAGCCAUAACAAUGAAAGAAUAAAUGUAAUUUUUAUUGAAA